AUGACGUCAAUAAUAAAGGAUCCAUAAUUUACACCAGUAUACAAUUAAUAAUUUUUUUAAUAUUUAUUAAGUUAAGAAUAUAAAUUCUUAGUUAGCAAUAAUUAUAUGAAUGAAUAACAAUAACCAGACUUAAAUGCAAGAAUGAGAUCUAUUUUAGCUGAUUGGUUAGUAGAUGUUCACCUUAACUUUAAAUUAAGGGAUGAAACCUUCUAUAUUACAUUACAUUUAAUCGAUAGAUUUGUGAAUAUUUAAAAAACAACUAGAUAGCAAUUGUAAUUAGUAGGCUAUGCUUCGUUAUUUUUAGCGUGUAAAUAUGAAGAAAUUUAUCCUCCAGAUUUAAAAGACUUUGUUUAUAUUACCGAUAUUGCUUAUACUAAAUCUGAUGUUUUGGAUAUGGAAGGUCAAAUUUUACAGGCUUUAGAUUUUUCAAUUACUUAACCAUCGAUUUAUUGCUUUCUGUAGAGAUUUCGGAGAGUUGCUGGAUUAGAUACAGAAAUUUAUUUCUAGCUCAAUACUUAUUAGAACUAUCGAUAGUAGACAUCAAAUGUAUGAAUUACAAACCAUCAUUAUUAAAUUGUACUGCUAUUUAUCUAGUCCAUAAAUAAGGUAUCAGGUCUAUAUGUUCAUAGAAAGACUCCUUAAUCUUGGAAUGAAGAGAUGUAAAAUAUAACAGUAUACAAUGAAUAGGAACUAAGAUAUUGUGCAAAGGAAUUGUGUUUGA